CGUGCCUUCGUCAACAACAGAAUCUGCUGAGUACGAUUGUUUCCUACACUCAUUCUACUUGUGGUCCGCGAUGAGUGCUUUUCGAGUAGCCGACGAGCUGAAACGGCGGCAUCCAUUACAAAGACUGGAUGCGCCCAGUAAAGGAAUAUCAGGCGCAGCGCACGUCAUUGGUCUCGUCAGCUUUUACCGCUCGUUCAAAUUUCUGGUUGAUAACCCCAAUAUAAUUAAUUACUCAUUCGGAUGGCAUCUCCAGUAUCUCACCGUCCUCGGUCUAUCGAUAUCCACGACAUGUUUCACCAUUGGCCUACUCGCCGACAUGACGUCCUCACAGCAGCUCUUCACGCUCAAGAACUACCUCGCACUUGUAGCCGCGCCGAUAGAGAUCAUCAUCAGUAUGCUCUACUGGGGCUUACGAGCCAUUGAUCGGGAACUGGUCAUUCCACCUGACCUACCCACGCCGCCGGUUAUGGCCGAUCUCGGCUUUCAUCUGUUCCCAACCCUGCUUCUGUCGUUAGACGCGCUCUUCCUCUCGCCUCCUUGGCCCACCAGCCCCAUAAACCCUCGCGCCUCGACCCUCUCUCUGAUGAUCUCCACUGCCAUCGCAUUCCUCUACUGGUUUUGGAUAGAACUUUGCCACUCACGCAAUGGAUUCUAUCCUUACCCCAUCUUUGCAUUACUCAACACGACUCAGCGCAUCGGUCUCUUUGCUUUGAGUGGAGUCGCCAUGUGGGCCGCCGGCGCCGGCCUACGUUGGUGCUACCGCGUCGUCAACGGCAUCGAAAGGGACACUGUGAUUGAACAUGGAGAGGACAAGAAAUCGAAGUAGACUGAUGAACGGGAGGUUGAAUGGAAUGCCGAAUAUGCACUGAGCAAGACAAAUCGGAGAGGAGCUUUAGGGCAGUCAAGACUUCAAAGCAGAACUUGGCUGGGACACUCACUGUACGGGAUUAGAAUAUCAUACUCAGCGAAGCUCAUCCUAUAUGAAGGAUUCAUGGGGAUGACUAUGCCACCGCCUU